CUGCCUGACAUGGUUUCUAUUCUCACUUGAGAGUAUUGAACCUACUUAGGUGAAUGCGCAACGCUUUUUUAGAACUUACUGCCUGCGCACAUAUCCCCUUAAAACGCGCCUUUCUUAGAGGAGAUUCCACAGUAACCGUAGUUCACGAUGGCGUCCGAAGUAGCUGGCGCAGCUACUACAGCUGGGGCCGAGCCAGCAACAUUCACAUUACAAAUCAUAUCGCCAUCUAUCGGCAUACCACAACCCUUCGUGGUCCAGGGACUACCACAGGAUGCCACCGUCAAACAGUUAAAAGAGCGAAUUCGAAAUGUUGUUAUCACAAGACCCCCCGACGAGGCUCAGCGCCUUAUCCAUCGAGGUCGCCUACUGGGUCGGGAUGCUGAGACAAUGAUCGAAGUCUUUGGACAAGAAGCACUUCGCUCUUCAGAACCCCAGUCGCUGCAUCUAGUUCUACGAGAUCUUUCCGAUGGUCGAACAACGUCUACGCCGAACGCUCCUCAUCAGACCACCUCAAACCAGCCGCCGACGACCGGAACUCAUAUCCCUCCCCAAUUUCACCCGCACCAGAAUCACCACGCAAGUCCUUUCCAAGCCCAACCACACGCCCGAAUCGGAUUGCUUAAUUACCCUGGCUUUCACCUGGGUCCAACCGCCACCUUCCAGCCGGUUAACCCCCCUGCUCACCUUACGCCAGAUCAAUACAGCCAGUGGAUGAGAAGUCUGGAUGAGUACACGGCUCGUCUUAAUCAGAAUCGGCGACCGACUAUGCAGGGCACGCAGGGCGCGCAGGGCAUACCUCCUACUAACCUGAGGGGAACACCCGGGACUAAUACGCCUGGAAGGACUGCUUCGCCGUUCCAGCCAGAUGGCACCCGUACAACGGUUCGUGAAGGAGUCGGACCCAAUGGUUUACAAUGGCGCGUCACUUACAACGAGACUUUCGUAAAUCCGCUACAGCGACCGGGAAGAACAGGAUCGCCAUUCCCAGCACCCGACACGAGCGUACUAUCGCGCCCCAAUCCUAAUGGGAGUCAACUAUCCAACAAUGAAGUUCAAAGUAUUUUCCGGUCCGCGGAUGCCGGAUCAGCUACUAGAGCUAUGACCGAUGCCAUGCGUAGAAACGCUAGCAACUCUUCCUUGGCCAACCUUGCCGCUAGUCAGGCUCACCACCCCAUCCCCCCUGGAGUUACAACACCACUGAUUGCGUCUCGAGCGGGUAGUGGCACGGCUACUCCUGAUCCACUUAGAGCAGCUGGACGAACGCGAAGUCCGCCAACAAACCAAGCACAAACACUGCCGUCUCAAGGUACACCAGAAGUAUACAUUCUGUCUUCCCCGACGGGACCGCGCGCUCUUUUAUUCAACAACAGCGGAGAGGCAUACUACAGCCCUCAGGUCCGAACCACAUAUCAACCUAUGGGCCUACCAGUUGGCCAGAGACCACUUCCCAUAUUCCCCACUCAUUAUAAUCACUUAAACCCUCAGUACAUGAUACCAACACCAACUAUCCAGCCACCAUUCCCCCAAGCUGGACGAGUUAACGCAACCAAUCCUCAAGCAGGCCAUAGUCCUCAGCCGCCCCAACCAGCCCAGGCACAGCACGGCUUACCUCAACCACCUCAGAACCAGCAUCAGCACUUACCUCAGCCUCAAAUAGGGCACGCCGUUGCCCGCGCGGAUAAUCCGCAGGUACAGGCGAUUAGAAUAGCACAACUCUGGCCUCACAUAUGGAUGAUUAUUCGUUUAGGUCUCUUCAUAUGGUGGUUUACCUCGCCUACUUCUGGUUGGUCUCGUUGGAUUACUGUCGUUUCUAUCGCGAUCACGCUCUUCCUUGUAAAUAUGGGACUCCUGAAUCCCUUCGCCGACCAAUUUUGGGUUCCUGUCCGCCGGCAUCUGGAGAACUUGAUACCUCUUGCUGAUGGCCACCAGCGAGAUGCACAGGCGCACGGUAGAGGCGGGAACGGCGACGCUGCAGCAAAUGCUGGACAGCAAGGGGAACUCGAUCCCGCGGAUACUGCGGCUAGACUAGUGCAGCGGCGACGAGAUGCCAACGCGAAUUGGUUGAUGGAUCAGGUCAGGAGACUGGAGCGUGCCGGCAUACUGUUCCUCGCUAGUAUCGCACCAGGGGUAGCCGAGAGACACAUCGCGCAGAUGGAGGCGGAAGCGCGAGCUGAGCGAAGACGGCGUGAGGCAGAGGCAGAGGCAGCUGCUACCGAAGAGCGAGAAAGACAAGAACGUUCGGCAAAUGCAGAGCAGAGUGCCGAGAGCAGCGAACCGGCUGCUAGCAACAACGAAUCAGGGGGUCAUGAGCAGGCAGCGGAGGGUGAGAGGGACAAUGAACGGCCACCUGCUGCAGAGGAACCGCUGAUCCGCGUGUAAACCUUCUAUUACAAUAUCUGGUCGAAGAAAAGGGGUAUGAACAGAAAUGGACAGGGAAGACCCAUUUUGAGUGCCCGGGCAUCCUGUCAAGUGGCGGGACUGUCGACUCUUAAAUCAUCGAGCACCGAUUUUCAACGAUUAGUUUUUCCGGUCUGUUCCCAUCACCUACGAUAACCUAAGCCCCUGCGUUUCUACGCCCGUGAAUUUACGAAAGAGAUACUACCAACCAGAGCCACAGCCAUACUGGCAUAGCCAUGAAGAAAAAACCCAUUCAUUCCUUGCUUGUAUCAGAUUAAAAAAACACACGACCGCCUCGU